GACAGCAUCUCCAUUUGUGCGUCCACCCGCCCGCCUGCCAGGCCAGCAAUCAGUCGGUCCGGCCGCGCUGGUGACGUCUAGGCGAACCCGGAGCUCAGGUGGCAGAGCCUCUACCCGAGCAAGCCUUGUGGAUGGAGCACUGGACCCAGAGUGCCUACCCUCACCUGCCUGCGCCUCAGUUUCCACAUCUGUGCAAUGGGGGUGACCAUCACUGCCCUGCUGGCUGCCAGGAACGGCUGUGAGUCCACGGGCGUGGCAGCCACCUGUGGGAAGUCAUAGGGCUCUUUCACAGGCCCAGGCCUUCACCAUGGCGGGAGGGAGACCUCAGCUCAAGAGGAGUUUCUCCAUCAUUCCCUGCUUUGUCUUCGUGGAGGGCUUCUUCUGCUAUGACAGUACUUAUGCCAAGCCCUACCCGGGGCCCGAGGCUGCCAGCCGGGCACCUCCUGCACUUAUCUAUGCUCUGGUCACCGCUGGGCCCACCCUCACGAUCUUGCUGGGGGAGCUGGCUCGUGCCUUUUUCCCCGCACCACCCUCAGCCAUCCCCAUCAUCGGGGAGAGCACCAUCGUGUCUGGGGCCUGCUGCCGCUUCAGCCCCCCACUGAGGAGGCUGGUCCGUUUCCUGGGGGUCUACUCCUUUGGCCUCUUCACCACGACCAUCUUCGCCAACGCGGGGCAGGUGGUGACUGGCAACCCCACGCCGCACUUCCUGUCCGUGUGCCGCCCCAACUACACGGCCCUGGGCUGCCAGCCACCCUCCCCGGACCGGCCAGGGCCCGACCGCUUUGUCACCGACCUGGGUGCCUGCGCUGGCAGCCCCAACCUGGUGGCCGCUGCACGCCGCGCCUUCCCCUGCAAGGAUGCCGCCCUUUGCGCCUAUGCCGUCACCUACACAGCGAUGUACGUCACACUGGUGUUCCGCGUAAAGGGCUCCCGCCUGGUCAAACCCUCGCUCUGCCUGGCCCUGCUGUGCCCCGCCUUCCUGGUGGGCGUGGUCCGCGUGGCGGAGUACCGCAACCACUGGUCAGACGUGCUGGCCGGCUUCCUGACCGGAGCGGCCAUCGCCACCUUUCUGGUCACCUGUGUCGUGCACAACUUCCAGAGCCGGCCACCCUCCGGCCGAAGGCUCUCCCCCUGGGAGAGCCUGGGCCAAGCCCCCACCAUGGACAGCCCCCUCGAAAAGUUAAGUGUGGCCCAGGAACCCGAGGCCUGCAGGCCGCAUUCGACACCGGCACGGCUCACCCCAUCCAAGCCGCAGAACUGCGCCCGCCGUGGCCACCUGAUCCCAAGCUGCGCGUCCUCCAGGGCUCCAGCCAUGUGUUCAUCACCCCGUGUGCCCCGCCCUCGAUUGAGAUCUGAGCCAACGCCCCUGCCUCUGCCCCUGCCUCUGCCAGCACCAACCCCCAGCCAGGGCCCCUCACCCUCCUCUCCUGGGCCUGGGGGGCCAGGAGGGGGUGGUGGACGUGGCCGGAAGCUGUUGUUGCCCACACCCCUGCUGCGGGACCUGUACACCCUUAGUGGACUCUAUCCCUCCCCCUUCCAUCGGGACAACUUCAGCCCUUACCUGUUUGCUAGCCGUGACCACCUGCUGUGAGGCCCAAUCACUCACCCAGAAUCUGCCAGUCCUCAUUUCUUCCCUGCCACACGUGUGCGUGCGUGCGCCGUGUGAGUGCCAAAGCCCCCUGUCCCCAGACCAGCCAGGUCCAGACAGCAGAGGAUGGCUGGAAGGACAUUUGGGGGCCCCCUGCCUCCCUUGCCCUCUGGGACAUCCAAGUGGGCAUAACUGGGAGGUGGGCCCUUGCCCCCUAGGAUUGCCUUUUUGAGGGCCAAAUCCUGACCCCAUUGGCUAUUGCCAGCCAAUGGGAGCCUCCAGUUAUUUGAAUUGUAACCAAAAGGAGUUUACUCCAGCCAAUGGGAGCCUCCUCCUCACUUAGAAUCCUCAGGCAAGAGGGCAACUCCAGCCAGUGUUCAGCAAAUGAACAACCAAUAGGAGCCCUUGUUUUCCAGAAUUUCUAGGGUGGGUAUGAUUCCAGCCAAUGGGGGACCGCCCAUUGAGGAGGGAGAUGGGAUCAUCCUUUAUAACUGGGUUCUCUCUCCUCAGGAUCAGAAUCCAACCCGAGGGUGGGGGCAGGUUCCCCCAUGGCAGGGUCCUUGAUUCACCCCUUCCCCUUUCAGACCCUCCACCAUGUGCACCCUCCCACCCAGACCCUCCUAACUCCCUCCAUAUGCAGGGCUUGUCCAGUUCAAAAGUUUUGUGGUUCAGGGUGCUGUCUCCCUUUGCCUGUGCCCAGGUCACUCAACCAAAACCCUUCUGUUAUUUAUUAGGGCUGUGGGAAAGGGCCUUUUUUUUUCUUGGAACCCACCCCUGUUUUUCACACUGCCCCCAUGCCUCAGCCUCAUGAGGAUGUGCCAUCAUGGGGGCAUGGGUGGAGCAGAAAGGGCUCCCCAUCCAGGAGGGCAGCCAAAGGCAGUGGGCAGAGGAGACACUGACUCCCUUUCCUGCCCCUCCCUCAUCUUUAAUAAAGACCUGUUUGUA